GGAUGAAAACCUGAGUGGCACGUAAUCAUUUUGCAAAGAAAUGAUAAUGACCAAAGCUACCUUCCCAUAAAAUCCAUCCCACAAGAACAAAACUUUAACAACAGUCGCUAUAAUUAUAAAGAAUGUCCGACGACAACGUUGUCCCGCCUCCGGCAGCACUGAGACUCAACUAUGACGUGUUCUUAAGUUUUCGCGGCGAGGACACGCGUCAUGGCAUCAUCGAGAACCUCUUUAACUCUUUACACAGUCACGGCGUUAGGGUUUUCAAAGACGACGUCGGAAUGAGUCAAGGAGACGAGAUAGCUCCUACUCUGAUGGAAGCCAUUGAAGACUCAGCUGCUUCAAUUAUCAUGGUUUCUCGACGGUAUGCUGAUUCCCAUUGGUGUCUUAAGGAACUAUCUAGAAUAUGCCAGCUACGGAGGCUUGUACUUCCAGUUUUCUACCAAGUCGACCCAUCUGAUGUUAGAAGACAAAAGGGUCCUUUUGAAGAUGAUUUUAGGGCUCACGUAGAAAGAUUUGGACAGGAUGAGGUUGUCGAAUGGAGAAAAGCUAUGGCGAAAGUUGGUGGCCUUUCUGGUUUUGUUUUCAGUGGCAGCCAAGAACAGGGGUUGAUUCAACGAUUAGUGAAAAGGAUUUUGACAGAAUUGGGAAGGACAGUAGGUCUAUCUACGUAUACAGUUGGACUUGAGUCUCGUGUAGAAAAACUAAUGGAUUUGUUAAAUGUUAAAUCUAAUCAGAUUCAAGUUCUGGGACUUCAUGGAAUGGGUGGGAUCGGUAAAACAACUCUUGCCAAGGCCCUCUACAAUAAACUUAUCAAACACUUCAAAUAUCGUUGUUUCAUUUCGAGUGUUAGAGAAAUUGCUGAAGGAGAUGGUGGUUUGACAUCACUUCAGAAUAAAUUUCUUCAUGAUCUUUCAGCCAAUAAGGUGCCACCAGUGAAUGAGGUGGUUGAUGGGGUCAUCAAGAUCAAACGCAUGCUUGCUGAGCAGCGUGUCCUAGCUGUCUUGGACGAUGUGAAUGAUGUGAGCCAACUCAAUGUACUGGCAGGAAAAAGAGAUUGGUUUGGUGAAGGAGGUAUAAUAAUUAUUACCACAAGAAAUGAAGAUGUUUUGGUUGAUCAUAUUGUGAAUGAGCGGUAUGAGGUCAGAGAGUUGUUUUCCUCUGAAGCUUUGCAACUUUUUAGUUACCAUGCAAUGAGAAGAGAGAAUCCAACUGAGGGUUACCUGAAGAUAGCCAAGCAAAUUGUAUCUCUUACAGGAAACCUACCUUUAGCAUUGGAGGUGUUUGGUUCUUUCCUGUUUCAUAAGAGGACGAUGAAGCAAUGGGAAGAUGCCCUGAAAAGGUUACAACAGAUUCGACCACAUGAUCUUCAAGAUGUCUUGAGAAUAAGUUUUGAUGGACUAGAUCAAGAAGAGAGGCACAUAUUCCUUGAUAUUGCAUGUUUAUUUGUUAAAAUAGGAAUGGGAAAAGAGGAAGCAAUUGAUAUAUUGACGGGUUGCGGCUUUAGGGCUGAGACAGCAGUUACUGUUUUGGAAGCAAAAUCUCUCAUUAAGAUCAGAGAAGAUGGUACUCUGUGGAUGCAUGAUCAACUUAGAGACAUGGGAAGAGAAAUUGUUCUACGUGAAAACCUUGUUAAUCCUGGUAUGCGUAGUAGAUUGUGGGAUUAUGAAGAAAUCAUGACAGUUCUGAAAGAUAAGAAGGGAACAGAAAAUGUAAAAGGGAUCAUCCUUGACUUUGGAAAGAAGAUGUUUAGGGAGGAUUCAAGUACUGAUACUGUUUUUUGUAAUUACUUCCUAACCGCACCAAAUCUCACCUCUGCAAUUGCAUACAUGAAACGGAAAUGGACACGUCUUCUAUGUCUUCCAGAAGGCAUAGAGAAAGAGAAAGAGGCGAUAGUUAGCACUAAAUCCUUUGAAUCAAUGGUUAAUCUAAGACUGCUACAUGUUAAUCGUGUGAAAUUAGAUGGGAAGUUCAAAUUUUUGCCUGCAGGGCUUAGGUGGCUACAGUGGAAGGAAUGCCCUUUGAAAAAUCUUCCUUAUGACUAUGACCCUUCACAGCUUUCUGUCCUUGAUCUCUCAGAAAGUGGAAUUGAACGAAUUUGGAGUUGGGGCAGCAGUAAGGUGGCCGAGAAGUUGAUGGUCUUAAAUCUUCAUCAUUGCUAUAAUUUAGUGGCUAUUCCUGAUUUAUAUGGGCAUAAAUCCUUGGAAAAGAUUAAUCUUGAGCGUUGCAUUCGACUGACUAAAAUUCACAAGUCACUGGGGAAUCUGAGGACAUUGCUUCACUUGAACUUGAAAGAAUGCUUAAACCUUGUUGAAUUUCCGAGUGAAGUUUCUGGACUAAAAUGUCUUCAAAGCUUUAUUCUCUCUGGCUGCUCAAAAUUGACAGCAUUGCCAGAUGACAUAGGUAGCAUGAAAUCCCUGAAAGAACUUCUUGUUGAUCGAACUGCUAUAUCAAAACUGCCUGAAUCUAUGUACCGCCUUACAAAACUUGAGAAGCUUAGUCUGAACGGAUGCCGAUUCAUCAAACGGCUGCCAAGUACCUUGGGCAAACUGAAUUCUUUGAAAGAACUCUCCCUCGAUGAAACUGCAUUGGAAGAAGUGCCUGAUUCUAUAGGAUCUUUGUCAAACCUUGAGGAACUAAGUUUGAGGUGGUGUACAUUACUUGCCACAAUUCCUGAUUCUGUAGGCCAGCUCCAGUCCUUGUCAGCAAUUUAUAUUAAUAAUAGUUCAAUCAAAGAACUACCAAAUUCAAUCAGUUCAUUGUCUUACCUGAAGCAGUUAUCAGCUGGAGGGUGUAGUUCUUUGUGCAAAUUGCCUGAUUCGAUUGAAGGACUAUCUUCCAUUAGUGAACUUGAGUUAGAUAGGACUUCUAUUACUACUCUGCCGGAGCAGAUUGGAGCUUUGAAAUUGAUUGAGAAACUUUCCUUGCGGAAUUGUACACUGAUUAGAAAUUUACCAGAAGCAAUUGGGAAGAUGUUGGGUCUUACUGAUUUACAAUUAUUUGGUGCUAAUAUUAUUGAGUUACCAGAAUCUAUUGGGAUGUUGGAAAAUCUGGUAAUGCUUAAUCUGAAUGAGUGUAAACAGCUGCAGAAACUUCCUACUUCAAUAGGAAACUUGAAGUCUCUGCAUCAUUUGCUGAUGGAGAAAACUGCUGUAAAUGAACUUCCGGAGAGUUUCGGGAUGCUUUGCAGCUUAAUGGUUUUGAAAAUGAGAAAGAGACCAGUCAAAUCUCUCAGUACUCAAGAGAAGCCCGUUCUGCUCCCAACUUCAUUUCCACAUCUCUAUCGGCUGGAAGAACUGGAUGCUCGUGCUUGGAGAAUAUCUGGAGAAAUUCCUGAUGAUUUUGAGAAGUUGUCAAUGUUAGAGACGUUGGAUCUAGGAUACAACGAUUUUUCCAGCCUUCCUUGUAGCUUGAAAGGUCUUUCUCUUCUCAAGCUGCUCUACUUGCCUCACUGCAAAAAACUCGUGCGUCUCCCUCCAUUGCCUUCAAGUUUAAAAGAGUUGGAUGUUUCCAACUGUAUUGCAUUGGAAAGUAUGUCUGACAUUUCAAACUUGGAGAGCUUAAAGCUUUUGAACCUCACAAAUUGUGAGAAACUUUUGGAGAUUCCAGGCCUUGAACACCUGAAGUCCUUGACCAGGUUAUACAUGAGUGAUUGUAGAGCAUGCUCCUUAUCAGUGAAGAGAAGACUAUCUAAGGUUUGUUUGAGGAAUUUAGAAAAUUUGAGCAUACCUGGAAGCAAAAUUCCAGAUUGGUUUUCUCAACAAACAGUUACAUACACAGAGCAAAAGAACUGUGAAAUCAAAGCAGUUAUGAUAUAUGCUGUUGUUUCUCUGGAUCAUCGGGUACCAGACGACUUGAGAGAUGAAAUCCCAGCUCUACCAGCCAUCAAAGCGAAGCUGUAUAAUCUAAAUGAAUUAGCUAUAUGUGACAACACACCGGUCUUACUUGGAGUGCCAAGGAGUGAUGAAGAUCAUAUCCUUAUUUGUCGGUAUCCAGAAUAUCAUCCAUUGGUUUCUAGAUUGAGAAAUGGUUAUAAGUUAGAGGUAACAGCGUCACAAAUCAUUGAAGGGGUUCAACUGAAGAAAUGUGGCAUUUAUUUGGUUUCAGAAAAUGAUGACGACUAUGAUGGAAAUGAAGAAUCACUGGAUCAGAGCCAACUAUCUUUGUCUGCAAAACUAGCCAAAUUCUUCAAUUCAAUUGAAGAAGAAGAUGGUCAAACCUGCUCAAGUUGAUAUUGGAAGAGAAAGACUCGCCCAGGAAAAAAACAAUCUCUGGAAAUUAUAAAAACACUUUUUAGCUUUUAGGAAAUAUUUUUUGUAGAUUUAUUUUAUGUUGUUGAAUAUGAAACUUAGUAACUAUUAAUAAGUUUUAGUAAUUUACAAGACUAAGAAUGUGUACAAUUAUGAAAAUCAUGUAUGUGUGUAUAUGUGUUAAUUUAUUAGUAAAUAUGAAAAAUAAAUUCAAAAAAAAUGGUAA